GGCACCAACCCUUUGAAAGGCAUGAAGGCUCUCCUUCGUGUCAUCCGCGAUCCCGGCGAUAGUUUGCAGGCGUACAGAGGACAGGCGUUAUGGGUCCAUGCAUUUAUGAUACCCCUCUGUUGCCCGCACAAAAGGGAACUGAGAAUGUGCAAACUUUCCUUUUUGUUUUCCUCCCUUGUUGGCUUUCCUCUUUGGUUACUUGCUUUUGUCACGGGGUUGAUGGAUUUAAGGUGAUGGAUGGAAACAAGGGAAGAGGUUCGCGUCUUGCUUAUAUGUGGUUUAGUUCAUGUUACUCUUGUAGCCAUCUUGGUUGGGCAAGAACUUCCUAGGCAUUGAGCUAAUGGUUGUUCAUCUUAGAGCGAGCGACGGAGCGCUUGGAUUUGGGAUAACAGAUUGGUUUGAAAGAAUGGAUAUGGAUGGGGAUUGGACGGCUUGUAUGAGAGUUGAAUGUAUAGACGUCAUUGCUCAUGAGGCUGA